AACAAUGAUUAUUGCAGUGAGGAAGUCCUCGCCGGCGGUCAUCAGGCCACCGGAGCUGGUGACAACGACGACGAGAGCUGCCGUAAAGCUCACAUCUAUCGACAGGAUUUUUGUCGAGAUUCCAUUCACAGUGUUGCUCGUGUUUGAGCAUCUGGGCCAUGAGGCCGUUGAGGGCGUAAGGAGGGCGCUGUCCCAGGCACUUGUCCACUACUACCCAUUUGCAGGUCGCAUUUCUUCAUCAGGAGCCGAAGACGAUGGAGGAUUCAGCAUCCGGUGCACCGGCAAGGGUGUGGAAUUCAUCACCGGAUCAGUCGACUGCGGCUUGACGGAAGCCAAGAUCUUCGGCGAACUGUCCGGCGGGAAGGCCCUCUUCGACGAGCUCGCCGUCUACUACCCGGUUGGGAGCUACGGCUCCGACGACCCUCUGCUGUCCGUGCAGGUGACCGAGUUCUCCUGCGGCGGGGUCGUCCUCGGGGUGACAUGGAACCACGCCGUCGCCGACGGUGCUGGGAUCGCCCAGUUCCUAGCCGCCGUCGGCGAGCUCGCCCGCGGGCUGCCGUCACCGUCGAUCCUUCCGGCCAGGUGUGACGACGCGGUCUCGUGCCUCUCUCCGCUGUCGGAUCCACUAGUGCAGGCCGUGCUGGCGUGCCCCGAGUCACCGGACAUGGAGCUUCUCGUCCCCCUCGAGGUCAUGGUCCCCUCGGCCCUGAUCGACCGCGUCAAGGCAGAAUACCGCAGCAGCUGCCCCGACGGCGACGGCCGGCCGUGCACGACGUUCGAGGCCGUCCUCGCCGUGCUGUGGCGGUGCCGCGUCCGUGCCACCAUGCCCGGCUCGGGGACGACGACCUCGGUUCUCCUCAUGUUCGCCACCAACAUGCGCGGGUACGUGGGCGCCAGGCCCGGCUACUACGGCAACUGCAUCGCCAACCAGCCGCUCGCCGCGGCGACGAGCGGCGCGGUGGCGAGCGCGGGCCUCGCGGACCUCGUCGGGAUGGCCAGGCGCGCCAAGGCCCGACUGACGGACAAGCUCGAGGAGGAGCACGGGAGCGGCGGCGGCGCCCAGCCGAGAUUAUUUGCUGGGGGACGGUACGACAUGCUGCAUGUGUCGUCAUGGAGGAACAUCGGCUUCGAAGGGGUCGACUUGGGGAGCGGGCCGCCGGCGAGGGUGAUGUCCCAUUGCCGGUGGAACGGGCCGCCGGCGGUGCCGACUUGCACGGUGUACCCGCCGUGCAGGGGGAAGGACGGGGUCAACGUGCUGGCGCUCGCGGUAAAGGAGGAGCACGCCGAGGCGUUCCUUAGCGAGCUGGCAAGGCAGGCAUGACGAGGCGUGGAGUUCCAACCCGGCCGGGCGCCUCCA